AUGGCUCAACGUCACAGCCUUUACCUGGUGGCCAACAUGGCUGACCUCCAUCCCUGCCCUCAGACCUCCCACCCCCCCUGCCCACCCGAUGGGCGAUGGCAGUUCAACACUGACGUAGUCUUCAGGUUGGUAGAACCUAUGUUGUUUCUGUUUUCAACACAUUGUUCUUAAGCCGUGAGAGAAUCAAGGUGUACAUGUGCUCUUGGAAUUAUGUUCUUGCUAUAUUGUUAAGAGUCUUUCAUCCAAAGCGCACCCCACCAUCAACCAUUCUCUGGAUGUACAGUAUGUUUUAAUAAUAAUUGUAUUACUUUUUUACACAAUGAGUUGGGUUAUAUAGAUGAAAAUGCGUUUUGUUCUCCCAUUCACUGCAGGUCUGAUGGUUCCCUGGCGGCGCGCUAUCACAAACACAACCUGUACUUCGAGAACGCCUUCGAUGCCCCGCCCAGGCUAGAGGUGGUGGCCUUUGACACGCCGUUUGCCGGACGGUUUGGAGUGUUUACCUGCUUCGACAUCAUGUUCCAUGAACCUACUGUCAGGUUGCUGGAGCAGGUACAUGAAGCUUAGAGGGUGGCAGGUAGCCUUGUGGCAGGUAGCCUUGUGGCAGGUAGCCUUGUGGCAGGUAGCCUUGUGGCAGGUAGCCUUGUGGCAGGUAGCCUUGUGGCAGGUAGCCUUGUGGCAGGUAGCCUUGUGGCAGGUAGCCCUGUGUGCAGGUAGCCCUGUGUGCAGGUAGCCUUGUGGCAGGUAGCCUUGUGGCAGGUAGCCUUGUGGCAGGUAGCCUUGUGGCAGGUAGCCCUGUGGCAGGUAGCCUUGUGGCAGGUAGCCUUGUGGCAGGUAGCCUUGUGGCAGGUAGCCCUGUGUGCAGGUAGCCCUGUGUGCAGGUAGCCUUGUGGCAGGUAGCCUUGUGGCAGGUAGCCCUGUGUGCAGGUAGCCUUGUGGCAGGUAGCCUUGUGGCAGGUAGCCUUGUGGCAGGUAGCCCUGUGUGCAGGUAGCCUUGUGGCAGGUAGCCUUGUGGCAGGUAGCCUUGUGGCAGGUAGCCUUGUAGCAGGUAGCCCUGUGUGCAGGUAGCCCUGUGUGCAGGUAGCCUUGUGGCAGGUAGCCCUGUGUGCAGGUAGCCUUGUGGCAGGUAGCCUGUGGCAGGUAGCCCUGUGGCAGGUAGCCCUGUGGCAGGUAGCCCUGUGUGCAGGUAGCCUUGUAGCAGGUAGCCCUGUGUGCAGGUAGCCUUGUGGUAGGUAGCCUUGUGGCAGGUAGCCUUGUGGCAGGUAGCCCUGUGGCAGGUAGCCUUGUAGCAGGUAGCCCUGUGGCAGGUAGCCCUGUGGCAGGUAGCCUUGUGGCAGGUAGCCUUGUAGCAGGUAGCCCUGUGGCAGGUAGCCCUGUGGCAGGUAGCCUUGUAGCAGGUAGCCCUGUGGCAGGUAGCCUUGUAGCAGGUAGCCCUGUGGCAGGUAGCCCUGUGGCAGGUAGCCUUGUGGCAGGUAGCCUUGUGGCAGGUAGCCUUGUAGCAGGUAGCCCUGUGGCAGGUAGCCCUGUGGCAGGUAGCCUUGUAGCAGGUAGCCCUGUGGCAGGUAGCCUUGUAGCAGGUAGCCCUGUGGCAGGUAGCCCUGUGGCAGGUAGCCUUGUGGCAGGUAGCCUUGUGGCAGGUAGCCUUGUGGCAGGUAGCCCUGUGGCAGGUAGCCUUGUAGCAGGUAGCCCUGUGGCAGGUAGCCUUGUAGCAGGUAGCCCUGUGGCAGGUAGCCCUGUGGCAGGUAGCCUUGUGGCAGGUAGCCUUGUAGCAGGUAGCCCUGUGGCAGGUAGCCCUGUGGCAGGUAGCCUUGUAGCAGGUAGCCCUGUGGCAGGUAGCCUUGUAGCAGGUAGCCCUGUGGCAGGUAGCCCUGUGGCAGGUAGCCUUGUGGCAGGUAGCCCUGUGGCAGGUAGCCUUGUGGCAGGUAGCCUUGUGGCAGGUAGCCUUGUGGCAGGUAGCCCUGUGGCAGGUAGCCCUGUGGCAGGUAGCCCUGUGGCAGGUAGCCUUGUAGCAGGUAGCCCUGUGGCAGGUAGCCUUGUGGCAGGUAGCCUUGUGGCAGGUAGCCUUGUAGCAGGUAGCCCUGUGGCAGGUAGCCCUGUGGCAGGUAGCCCUGUGGCAGGUAGCCUUGUGGUUAGAGCGUUGGGCCAGUAACCAAAAAGGUGGAAAAAUCUGUCGAGGUGCCCUUGAGCAAGGCACUUAACCCUAAUUGCUCCAGCAUCGCCGUUGUUAAUGGCAGACCCUGGCUGUGACCCCGCUCUCUGAGGGUGUCUCAGAGAGAGUAGGAUAUGCAAAAAACACAUUUACAAUUCACACAUGCAUAUUAAUACACACUGGUACAUGUGUGAAAUAGGACAAAUAUAAGCACUCACCAAAUUAGUAUUACACACACACACAAACACACAUAUUUUUCCACAAUGUUUCAUUAUGGAUCCAAAUGAAGUUAAAAGUCUGUGUUAAUGUCUUUCUCUCUCUCCUCAGGGUAUCAGACAGAUGGUCUACCCCACAGCCUGGAUGAACCAGCUUCCUCUGCUGUCAGCGGUUCAGUUCCAGAGAGCCUUCAGUCUGGGAGCUAACACCACCCUGCUGGCUGCUAACAUCAGGGCAGACAGCCUGGGCAUGACAGGCAGUGGCAUCUUCACCCCUGGUACUGCCGUCUACCACCACGCCAGGGCUGGGCAGCCAGAGGAGGGGAGGCUGCUGGUGUUGAGGAUACCUGUCCUGGACACUGACUGGCUGGGAACAGAGAAGAGGGCCAAGGGGCAGGCAAGAGGAGAGGGGGAGGCAGGAGGAGAGGGGGAGACAAGAGGAGAGGUAGAGGCAGGAGGAGAGGGAGAGGCAGGAGGAGAGGGGGAGACAAGAGGAGAGGGGGAGGCAGGAGGAGAGGGGGAGGCAGGAGGAAAGGGGGAGGCAAGAGAGGCGGUGGAAGCUUAUACCAGGUCACCUAAGCCUCUGUCUGGACAGAGGGAGGACAACUCUGGGUUCUGUUUACAGGAGAGCCAACACUGCCAGGAGGAAUCUCUCUCUGCCUCUCCUCCUACCCUCUCUCCCACUCCCUCCACAUCCCCCUUUCUCUUCACCUCCUCUAUGAUGUAUGAUCCGUUCUCCUUCGUCCUGCUGCGUGGUUCAGAGGGCCAGCUGACUGUGUGUGAUGGUCCUUUCUGCUGUCACCUGCAGUACCGACGCUCCCCACAGGGGGACAAUACGGAGCUCUAUGCUCUAGGGGCGUUCUCUGGCACUCACACGGUUAACGGACGCUACGCUGUACAGGUAGGGAGGGAUAUUUAAAUUGACCCACAUUACAACUUACAUUUGGAACUGGUUCGAGGACUCUUGCACUGUGUAUACUUGCAACAUUUGUUAGUAUUCAACUUUCGGUUGAUCAUUAUUAUGUUUAAUUUGCAAGGAUACAGUCUACCAGUUCUACUAAGUAUACCAGUUCUACUAAGUAUACAGUCUACCAGUUCUACUAAGUAUACAGUCUACCAGUUCUACUAAGUAUACCAGUUCUACUAAGUAUACAGUAUACCAGUUCUACUAAGUAUACAGUCUACCAGUUCCCAAACUGUGAUCUUUCAAUAGUUAAGCCUCUUACAGCAAUACAACAGUUCAUGCAUGGCAAUAAGGAUUAACCCCUCCCCCUCCAGGUGUGUGCGUUGGUCCGCUGCUUGGGGUCGGAGGUCAGCUCCUGUGGACAGGAAGUGGAGGAGGCGGAGUCUAGAGUGGACUUCCUAUUGGAGGGGAAGUUCGGAACGCGUCACGUUUACCCGUCGUUGCUAGGUAGCGGCAUGGUUCUAGAACAACCUGACCAGGUCAAGACGACUGCAGAUGGUCGAGUGGCCAUGAAACACUCAGGGAUGACCGUCGGGCUGGUGACCGCAUGUCUCUACGGCAGGGUGUACGACCAGGACUAA